AGGUCACGUGUUUCCGGUAGAGAUGUUUCCCAUGCUUUACAGCUACAUUCCUGGGUAAAACGGCGGCUGUAAAAUCAGAUUUCUCUGUCUCUUUAGACCAGUGGCUGCUGUUUGAAGUCUGGUGAGUUUUAGGAGCCCGGAUGUACAAAAUGGAGGAAGAGGCUAACAGAAUAAACCCAGAGGGAGCAUGAAUGUUCGCUGGAGCACCGAGAGAAAACAAAGGUCUGGUUGAAAAAGAAGAGGUUUCCCUGAACUUCUACAAGCAGAAACCCGAUACUAUGGAGAUGAAACAUGAAGAAAAGGAAGUCAGGAUCACAUCCACUGCUGAAACUGUAACGAAUGAAGAUAAUGAAGAGAAACCUCAAUCCUCACUGCUUAAUCAAAUAAAAACUGAAGACAUGGAGGCAGAACCUUCAACCAGCAACUCAGCUCAGUGGAUAAAAACUGAAGGAGGGGACUGUGGAGGACCUGAACAAGACAGGAAACAUGAUCUAAAUAUUGAUUUACAGCUAAAUGCUAAUGAAAAUGAUUCAGCCUCUUCCGAAACAGAUGUAAGUAGUAAUGAUUACUGGCAGAAAUCUGCCGGUUCUGGAUCUGAAACAGAAACUGGUGAGAAUGGUUGGAAGCAGACCAAUGUACUUGAGCCAGGUGUGAAGAAUAUUGUAGGUUGUAAAACUGUUGCAACAUCCUUCAGCUGCUCUGAGUGCGGUAAACAGUACCGCCACAAGUGGUCCCUUAAGAAGCACCUGCGGGUCCACACUGGGGAAAAGCGUUUCCUCUGUAAAAAUUGUGGUGAAACUUUCAGUGAAUAUGUGCAACUGAGGACACACAUGAAAAUACACGCAGAUGAGAAACCUUUCCCCUGUGAUGUUUGUGGUAAACGUUUUCGCAGAAUGGGCGACCAUAAGGCGCAUCUAAGAGUGCAUGCUGACGAAAAGCCGCUCAUUUGUAGCACAUGUGGAAAAGGAUUUUAUUAUCAGAUGAACCUUAACAAACACAUGAAGGUCCACAGAGACAAACCUUUCAGCUGUGAUCUUUGUAGUAAAACGUUUAAAGUUAAAUCACGUCUUAGGAUGCACAUGCAAAACCACACUAAAGACAAACCGUUUAGUUGUGGGGAUUGUGGGAAAAGCUUCAAUUUUAAAUCCCUUCUGAAGACCCAUAUGAUCACCCAUUCUGUGGGGAAACCUUUCAGCUGUGAUGUUUGUGGGAAAAGGUUUCGUGCAGAAGAGCAUCGUGGGACACACAUGAGAGUCCACACUGGAGAGAAACUCUUUGACUGUGGUUUCUGUAGUAAAAGAUUUCUCCGCAGCGCCAAUCUAAAGACGCACAUAAGAAUCCACACAGGAGAGAAACCAUUUAUUUGUGACUUCUGUGGAAAGAGUUUCAGUUCACAGGGAAGUCUUGUGAAUCAUAUGGUGGUCCAUGCAGCUGAAAAACCUUUUGCUUGUGAUGUUUGUGGGAAAACAUUUCGUAGACCCGUAGAGCUUAAAAUACACACCAGAGUGCACACAGGAGAGAAGCCUUUUAGAUGCGAUAUCUGUGGAAAACAGUUCAGUCAAAGCUCACAUGCAAAGAUUCACAUAAGAAUGCACACAGGAGAGAAAUCCUGUGCUUGUCAUGUUUGUGGUAAAGCUUUCUGUGAGCGGGGAUCUCUUUCACAGCACAUGAGAGUCCACACAGGAGAAAAACGAUUUAGCUGUGGUGUCUGUGACAUGCAUUUUAACCGAAAAUAUAAGCUAACAGCUCACAUGAAAACACAUGCAGGAAACUCAUCUGGGCCAGGAUAUACUGACCAGACUGGCUCAUGAUGACAGACUGGUUUGUGUCCUUUUGUAGCUGUCCAAAUGUGGGGUUUCCUUUUGGCUUGCAUAAUGACAAGUGAAUCAUACCAUCUGGAUAUUUUCAAUAAAUAAAAUUUCAAAUGGAACAGAAACCUUCAA